UAAACCGACAAAGGUUGCUUGCUGGACUGAAGUGUCUCUUAUAGUGACACCAGCCUCCGGCUGCGAAGGGACCUGUCGCUUUCUAAACACUUGCAGCCUGGAAAAUGAACCCUCAGCCAGUGAUCAUGCAGCAGCCACAAGUUGUGAUUGUCCAGCCAUCACAACAGAACUAUUGGCAGACAGGCUUGUAUGACUGUUUUCAUGACUGCGGUAUAUGUCUCUGUGGAACAUUUUGCUAUGUGUGUUUGGGAUGCCAAGUUGCUGCAGAUAUGAAUGAAUGUUGCCUCUGCGGCACAAGCAUGGCAAUGAGGGCUGUCUACCGAACAAAGUAUGGGAUCCCGGGAUCCCUCUGCGAUGACUUCUGCACUCUGUGGUGUUGCCCUCAAUUUGCUCUUUGCCAACUCAAGAGAGACAUCAAUAGAAGGCGUGAACAAGGAAUCUUUUAGGGAAAUUGAGUUUUGGUUGCAUUUAUAGUUCAAUUAAGAUGUUGUUCGUGUUAAGCGGUAAUGUGAAUUUUUCAAAAAAGCUUCUAAAAUCGCACAAGUAACCUGUGGGCUUAUACAAAUCUAAGUGUUUUUAGCUGUUAAUCCAGUUUCUUGCCCUUCCAAUUAUUCCACACCUGCAUGUAUCUGAAUUAGGGUAUAAGGAGCAACAGCAGGCCUUUCCAAUUCAUAGUACCGGGUAGUGGGUGUUCUCUUUUGUGCUUUGCUCACCUUCUGAUUUCCUGUUUCAGUUAUGUCAAUUAAGUACCAACGGUGCAUGGGUAAAAGAUGUUUUUCUUGAUCUGCACCCUAACACACACCUUGCAGAGUAAAACAUGAAGCUUCCACGCAACAGCCUUUUCUAACUCUUUGUGCUCUACGUACUAAUUUAGCCCCAUGAAGAGUUCUGUGGAUCUUGGAAGUCUGCAAUACGUCCAAGAAGACUGGGCUAUUAUUUGACUUGUUCCAUCUCUCUAGAAUGUGACCAUCUGAAUAAACAGGAAAUAUGCUCUAAAUCCUUUUCCGACUCUCUAUUUUUGGGGUGCGUGGAGGGGACUGGGACAAAGGCGAAGCCCAUUUGUAUA